UGCCUAUUUAACCGACUCCUUUUGCUUUACGGAAUUCUCCGCUCAUGUACCUUUCCUAAGGAAACUGGCCUUCGCUGUUGCCCGGUGUUUCUGACGUAAACUACCAGCUAAUACAUGGUAACAGAACUGACCGACACUAGAAAAAGGCGGGUUUUGUAGAGUUUAGGCUCCAAGAUCAGAUCGUUUCCAACGAGUUCAACUGGGUAUUUCUGUACAUUCCCUUCAAACGUCAGAUUCUUGAUUCCUACUUCUAUCUGUAAUAUGUCUUCUGCCUCCGCUCACGGGCCAACUAGGACCCCGAUUACCGCGGAUGACAGCAUCGAGAAUCUCCAGUCAAAUAAACUCCUCUGGUACAAGAUCCACGUCUUUCUUUAUGACCUGCGACAUUUCCAAGAGGAAGCUUCUCAAGCACGUCUCGACAGUGUCAUAGAUAGCUCAUAUCUCUGUUCGCCGUAUUUCACCUCAGAGGAGGUGACUCAACUAAAAGCGACGAAACUCCAAGAUACGAAGUCUCUCGGUGCUCUUAUUGAAGAAACUCUUAACGAACGGUUGGAACGUCGGGUGAAAAGACAAAUCGGAAGUGGUGAUUUUCGUGUCUGCGCCGCCCAUGAUCUUGCACCUAUAUUCGAGAGAGCGUUUCACAUAAAGCCGAAAGACCUCGAACGUGAUCGUAUCCUGCUAGACUUGAUAAAACAAUCUGGAUUGACACCAAAUGAGGAAGAAUUAAAAUUGUGGCAGGAAGUGAAUAAGAAGCGCAAUAAACAUGCUCGUGGAAUUGGCAAAAAGAAGAAGACGUAACCGAAGGCGACCAGCCUGCGAAAUGGGAAGAAGACAAUUUACUUCCAUGGGUUGGCCAGUAUUCCACUUUGUUAAAGUAUAACUUCUCAUUCAAUGGCUCAUUCACGGCAGGGCUUCCCCCUCAUUCACAAAGGUCUGGAGAAUCUAAAAGUCGUCGAUUCACAUCUCUUAUUUCAUUAAUCAUAUCCACCAGUAUUCUUCAUCCCCACCAAAUUAGACUUAUAAGACAAUAUUCUAUAGGGUUCAGAAGGCG